AUGACAUUUCAAAAUGAUAUCAACAAAUUUCUGAAAAGCAUCUUUAAAGAAGAUUUGGAUGAAGUGACGACAAUUGUCACCAAGCAAUGCUACAAAGUUGAACAGUUGAAUGAUAUGUUCAAGAAGGCUGAGUUACCCAGUUUAGGAUUGAAUCGUCAACAGCUUGCUAAUCUUGUGGGUGGCUUACAAAAGAGGGAGAAACGUAUCAAAACGUUGGUUGAAGAAUUCAAAUACAAGUACAAUUAUGUGAUGGAUAUAAGAACUUGGUCUCCUCUUAUGUUUGCGCGUUAUUUAGUGCACAAUGGGGUGGCUCACCGUGAUGCCUUUAUUAUAGCGACUUCGACACAACCAAAGGACUUUAUAGAAUCAAAUGAUGUGAUCAAUGGAAUGGAUAUUGAACUUAUAGAAGAAGUCAAAAAGCAGAUGCGCAAAGAUUAUGCGUCCCUUGUUAUUUUGAGGGCUUUAAGGGAGACCACAAAGAAACACAACGCAUACAAAAUGAAUAGAAGAGCCUUUGCUGUUGAAGAAAUAGUCACAACAGAACAAACCUUUUUUGGAAUUAUAGAAAUCUUGGAGAUCUUAAGUAAAUGCGAACUUCUUACUGAACCUGAAAGGAAAUCAUUGUUUGAUGGUUUGGACACUGUUUACAAUAUAAGCAAAUUGUUUCUCGAGCAAACUAAAACGUGGUCGAGUGAUUAUAAGAAUGCAAAUGUUGCUAACUUCUUUAUUGCCUUCUGCCCUUUACUCAAGAUGUAUAUGGAUUAUGUAGCUAAGUUCAAUUUGAAAGUAAAGGCCAAGAUCGACUUGGAUAAGAAGAAACCGGAAUUCAAAAAAUGGGUGCAAGAAGAACUCCAAAAAUACAAGACAAGCACCAUGAACGCCACUGAUUUGGCAAUUUUGGCAAUAACUCCAGUUCAAAGAGUCAUGCGAUACGAAAUGUUGUUGGAACAAGUGUACAAAGCCACACCAGCUUGCCAUCCCGACAUCAAAAACAUGGAAAUUGCUAUACAAAAGAUUCAUGUUAUGUCCCAUCAAGUCGACAAGAUGACAAAUCAGUUAAAGAAAUAUCAAGACUUAUCAGAAAUACUUGGUCGAAUAACAGGACUUCAAAACCAAUUCUUUGAAGAUGGAACGAUCUUUAUCGACUUGACAAAAGCGUGGUUUGUUAAUUACAAAAAACCAAUGGAAGUGAUGCUAAUAAUGUACGAUAAGAUGCUGAUAGUGUGUGAAUUCGUCGAUACUGCUCUGUUGCUUUCUGACCAGACCAAGUAUUUGAAAUGUUACAACCAAUAUUUUCUGAUUGAACUCACGCUGUGUGAUCCGACUGAAAGUGGGAUUGAUCUGGGUGUGACAAAUAAUCACAUCUGUUUGAAGUUCAAAAGGAAUGGGAAGGAUGUGUACAAUAUCUUUAAAUUUGAAGAAAACGAUGUAUUCGAAAAAUUUGUAAACGAUUUGAAACAUUAUAUUGAAAAAGACAAUAAACGGGUUGAAGACGCACAGUCAACAAUUCAAGACGAUUUGAAGGAAAAGGCUACAAAGGCUAAAGCGUUAAUUAACCAAAUUGGUAAUUUGGACAAAUCACGACCUUGGCGUAAAAGGUAUGAAGGGAUUGACAGAGAGGAGUUAAACAAGCUGACGAAAAACGUCCAUACUACCACAAAUACUCCACGUGAUGUGCCACAAAGCGUUUCUUCUGCACAUGUCAGUACUGAUUCAACUUCACAAAGUACGUGUUCAACGUCUACCUUAGGUACAAAGAGCGAGAAUGAUAAAAAGGAAUAA